GCUGGCGCAUAAGGCAGAAGUUCUUCAGCGCAGCACACAACGCGGCGGCCAACGGAACCAACGAAAUACAACGAGAAACCACAAUCGAAAAUAAAUAAAACAAGAGCUGAACGAAAAGAAAAAGCAAAGCAAAACGAAAAACAAACAACGAAAAACACAAAAAACAAAUAUAUAUAUAUAAAAUACAGCAAAUUUGUUUUCUAUUGCCUAAGCACAAGUUUUGUAUAUUUAGAAGACGAGAGGAAGCGAAAUGUGUGCACUGUUUGCGGAUUCUGUUUUCAGAAUCUGUGGCAUGUAACGGUAGUUGGACGUGUGUGCGGGCGUGUGUGCGUGUGUGUGUCUCUCUCUCUGUCUGUGUCUGUGUCUGUGUGUGUGUGUCUGUGUGGAGCAGUGCGCGGAAUCGGAAUCGUAAUGCAAAGGCGGCGUAAUGGCACUGCAAGGCUGGCGCUUUUUCGGUGUCUCGGCAACAAUCAUCAUCUAUAUAGGCGGCGUCCUAUUUCUAUCCAUGAACAAUAUACCCGGCUCGCAUCCAAAACGCACGCGCAUCGAGCGAUUCGCCGAGUUUUCCAGCUUUCAUAGUCCCCGGUUUCCCAUGCCCAGUCGCAAAAUGACCAUUCGCUGGUGUCGCGACCUCAAAUAUCUGAAUCGCGAGCUUCCAAACUACACAGACUACAAGGCCGGCGACUACUACACUGCUUUGCCCAGCGAUGCGAGUGCCAGUCUGCAGCUGCAGGGUAUGGCGCCGUCGCCCAUGCUGACCGCGCUGGCCAGCUUUCCGGGCAGCGGCAAUACGUGGCUGCGUUAUCUGCUGCAGCAGGCGACGGGCAUAUUGACGGGCAGCAUAUACAAGGAUUACGGCCUGCUGAAGACGGGCUUUCCGGCGGAAAAUGUGUGCAACAGCUCAGUAUUAUUGGUGAAGACGCACGAAUGGGGCGCCAAGGCGUGGGCGCCCUUCUCCAAGGCAAUACUCCUGGUGCGCGAUCCCGAGAAGGCGAUCAUUGCCGAGUUCAAUCGCCAGAGCGGCGGUCACAUUGGCUUCGCCUCACCCGAUCGCUACAAGCGCACAAAGGGCAAAUAUUGGCAACAGUUUGUCAGCAAUAAGCUCAAGGGCUGGGAGCUCAUGAAUCUCAGCUGGGCGCGCAAUUUUACGGGCAGUAUUAAGGUUGUGUUCUACGAUGAUCUGGUGCACAAUACGGAGCGUGAAUUGCGCAACAUACUCGAGUUUCUCGAAUAUCCGGUCAACGAGCAGCUGAUGCGCUGCGCCCUCAUGCGCAAGGAGGGCAUCUUCCGGCGCAAGAAACGUCUGCUUUCCUUCGAUCCGUAUACGGAUGCAAUGCGGGCCGAGCUGUUGGCGCGCAGGCGGCUCGUCUACGGUUUGCUCGGCAGACACGAUUAGAAAUCGAGCGCCAAAGUGAAUAUACUUAUAAGCUAUACGGUUUAAGGUUUACAGAUCUAGGCUAACCUGUAACGCCUGUUACAAUCGACGAUGACAUGUGCAACGAGCAAAGCAAAGCAAAGCAACCCAAAGCA